CAGAAUGCUAGCUAGCGAGAUGAGAUGAAGGCUGUUCAGCGCUCUAUGAUCAUCCUGGAUGACGCUAGCCGGCGCCGGCGGCCUCUCUUGCUGUGGCAGCAUUGAGGGAGAAUAUUUUGGGGGUGAUGCUUAGCACAUGAGUACCGGUACUAAGUAGCUCAGGUAUCGCAGCGUGACAGGGAGAGGAAGCCAGCGGCAGCAACUGCGCAGCCUGCAAUUUGUGUCCACCUCUACUGAGGAAAUUAAGUCUGUUGCGAGCGGCCAGCAAGCAUUUUCAGUGAUUGUUGAAGUGUAGGAUAAGGCGUGGCAUUGUAACUGGGCCCCAACACUUACGUUGGCAAAAUGCCGCAGGGUUCAAUCUCCUCCUCUAAGGAUGCUGUUGGGGUUGCCGUUGUGAACUACAAGGUACCGAUCUGCGAGAGUCAUGAGGACGUGCUGAAGAACUGUGAGAAGAUUGUGGCUAAGAUCAAGGGCGCAAAAGCCGGAUACCCGGGCCUAGACCUGAUCAUUUUUCCGGAGUACAGCACUCAAGGGUUCCACCCCACCAAGUGGAACGAAUUUACCACCACGCUCGAUGGCCCUGAGAUGCAGAUCUUCAAGCAGGCCUGCAAGGAGUAUGAGGUUUGGGGCAUAUUCUCACUGACCGGCGAGAAGCAUGAGACAGAGGGUGUGAAUCCCUACAACACGCUCGUGCUCAUCAAUGACCAAGGGGAGCUUGCGCUCAAAUACCGCAAAAUAUUCCCGUGGGUGCCCAAGGAGCCCUGGACUGCCGGCCACGAGACCGCCGUCGCAGAGGGACCGAAGGGCCUGGUUAUUGGCGCCACCAUCUGCUAUGACUGCAACAUUCCGGAGAUCUGCCGGGAUACCGUUAUGAAGGGCGCGGAGCUGCUCGUCAGGAUCCAGGGCUACAUGUACCCGAGCCUGGAGCAGCAGCGCAUGGUGUCAAAGAUCCGCGCCUGGGAGAACAACGUCUACGUGGCGGUCGCCAACAUGACCGGGAGCGAUCUGGUGUACAGCUACUUUGGGCACUCCAACAUCGUCGAUUUUGACGGGCACGUGCUGGCCGAGGCAACGAGUGACGAGGACGCCGUGACGUAUGCCACGCUGAGCCUGACGGCGAUUCGAGACGCUCGCAAGCACUGGACGGCUGAGAACCACCUGUACAACAUCGUGCACCGCGGCUACACCUCCGAACCGAAGGGCCACGCCGCGUGCCCCUUCGACUUCUACAAGAACUGGGUGAACGCGCCUGAGGUCGCACGGAAGAACGCGGAACUGCUGACCCGGGACGCGGACGACCCGAAGGAGGCCUCGGGGGAGGACGUUUUGCCCCCGCCUCAGAGCAAGCUUUGGGCGGUCGGGGCGACUGCCCCGGGCAAGGCGAACGGAACCCACGCGAACGGAAUCCAAGAGAAUGGAAUCCAGGCACCGGCUGAUGUGUCCAAGAAGGUCGCGGCGAACGGGCAUGCAAAUGGCGUGGCGAAUGGAGUCGCCAAUGGGAUUUGAAGGGAAUUAUAAUGGGUCUCAUUACUAGUGUGAGAGAGUCCUUAGCAACUAUCAAAGUACAGCUCUUAGACUCCUCUGUAGGGGUACGCAAUCAUACAUGAAUGAGUCUUAAGGGGUGCACCUGGCUGAUUCUAAGUCGAGGAAUCUACAAUCGUCCUAGCUUGAUUUGAUACAGAAAGGUUGUAGGUCGAAGCAUCGGCCUCGGCAGCGGGACGAUCUUGCUAUCAGACUUUAUGGGUAGCGGUUGAAAAGUUUUCACAGCAUGUUCUACAAAGUGACGAAGAUAGGCAACCUCGCAAGAAGAAUAUGUCGGUCUGGGGCUUGCUCUCAUCCAACUGUGGCCGCGAUGAUGUCCACCUAAAACUCAAAUUAUAUAACGAUG